GGCUGCUGAUGAGAAAGAAGCCUGAGGCAUCGCUGUGAGAUAACCAAGGACUCUUUUUUGCUCUUCUCACACCUUUGAAGUGGGAACCUCUUGAGGCAAAUCAACAAGAAUGUGGCUCCUGCAGCUGGGGGUCCCGGGCUCGUCGGAGCUGCUCAAGGCGGAGGGGUUGUGACAAGCUGGCUGGACUGAUAACUUUAAAAGGGCAUCUUCUGCUGGCUCCUCGCUCAGCUGCUUUAUCGCUGCAAGUGACAGAAUGGGGAGGGUUCCAUCCCUCUUGUGCUCUCAGAGAGCCAAGGGGCUAUAAAAAGAGGAGGCGCAGGGCAGCUGGGAGACGGAGACGGAGGAAGGCCACGGGUGGGAAAGCAGAGAGAAGAGUCAGCAAGCACCAGACCACCCAUUGACCGACGCCAGCAUGGGCUCCGCCACCAUCGCCGCGAGCUUCCUCCUCUUUCUGGCGUUUCAGCUCCCAGGGCAAACCGGAGCGAACCCCGUGUAUGGCUCUGUGUCCAACGCAGACCUGAUGGAUUUCAAGAACUUGCUGGACCAUUUGGAGGACAAGAUGCCUUUAGAAGAUGAGGCUAUGCCCCAACAAGUACUAAGCGAUCAGAAUGAGGAAGCUGGGGUCCCUCUCAGCCCCCUUUCUGAGGUGCCUCCCUGGACCGGGGAGGUCCACCCAGCCCAGAGAGAUGGGGGUGCCCUUGGGCGUGGCCCCUGGGAACCCUCCGAUAGAUCUGCCCUCCUGAACAGCAAGCUGAGGGCGCUGCUCGCUGCCCCUCGGAGCCUGCGGAGGUCCAGCUGCUUCGGGGGCAGGAUGGACAGGAUUGGAGCCCAGAGCGGACUGGGCUGCAACAGCUUCCGGUACCGAAGAUAAUGGCCAGGGAGGAAGAGGCGGGCCAGGCCCCCGGCAGACUUCAAGAGAUCCUCACCCCCUGGGAUCUCUCAUUCAACUUUGUCCCAUCUCAUUGCCAUCAGGUUGAGUUGUGACGAGUGUCCUAUUCAAACAUCAGCCUCCUGUCAACAUUUCUCACAUUUUAUGCUAAAUGUAGAUAAAGUGGUUUAGUUGUGGCUUCUCCACUUCUCCCACCCAUGCGUUAAAUUUUAAUCACCUGUUACUGACAUCGGUUUGAAAAUGAAUAAACUUCAGCACCACGGACAGAA